CAACAUUUUCGUGAAGAAGAAGGAAGCGACUUGGAAAAGUCCUGAAACGGAGCACACUUCAGACAAAAUAUCAACUGUACCAUGAAUGACUCACCUGAGGAUACACCAGUACCCAUCAAAGAAAUAGUGAAGCUGAAGAGGUCCGACUCACCUGCACAGCUGUGUGUCUCUGAAGUCAAUGGAUCCACCUGAAAACUUCAGAGGAAAAUUUUCACCUGACUCAAGUGAGUUCAUAGCCAGUGUGUUGACAGAGGACCACUUCAGAUGUUCAGUGUGUACGGAAGUGCUGAAGGAUCCAGUCUCCAUCCCCUGUGGACACAGUUACUGCAGGCAGUGCAAGAUGCAAGCUAACCGUGCAGGAGGACACUAUGCUUGUCCAAUUUGUAAGAAAAGAUUGAAGACAAAGCCUAAAAUAUACACAAACUCACCCAUAUCAAAACAACUCCCAAGCUCUAGUUCAGAAUGUGGGCAGCUCUCCUGUGAUUUCUGCCCAGUGAAAAAGCUCAGAGCUGUUAAGUUCUGUCUGAUGUACACUGCUCUGUAUUGUGAGACCCAUGUCAUCCAGCACUACACUGUCCCAGCAUUGCAACGACAUAGACUGGUGGAGCCAACAGAGCACCUAGAGCAGAUGAUCUGCCAGCACCACCAGAGGGCGCUAGAGAUGUUCUGUAGGACUGACCAGACCACCAUAUGCAGCAUGUGUGCUGUGCUGAAACACCGGCACCAUGACAUCAUGAUUGAGAAUCUAGAACAGAAAGGCCCUUCGAGUGAACACAGAGGUGGAGAGCCGAAAUGCAAAGCUAAAGAGACACAACAACAAGCUGAGGAGAAAAAUGUUAAAAAACACAUUCAUUUACAAAAAGGCGAGAGACCCCUGGUGACUGUAAUCCAACACCAACGCAGACAUGCUCUUCCUGCGAAGGUGACUUUGGACUUCUACACAGCCCAUAGACGACUAAUUCUGUCUGAUGAUAAGAGGAAUGUAAAGCUAUCUGGGUGUCCUCGGAGUUCCCAUAACCAACAGCAUGGACUAGGUGGGCAGCCCUUCGUGCUGGGCAGAAAAGGCUUCACCUCUGGACGUCGUUUUUGGCAAGUGGGAGUGAAUAACAGGUGGACAAUUGGAGUCACAAGAGCCUCCGCUCAGAGGACUGACAGUGUCACCUUCUAUCCUAAUCAAGGCUACUGGUGCCUUAGUUGCUGGAUGCAAUUCUUGGUGCUCACAUCCCCCAUACACCAUCUCCCUAAGGACGCAGUGCCCAGAGAACUGGGCAUUUGUCUAGAUAUUGACGAGAAGUGGGUGUCGUUCUAUAAUGCUGAAUCAAAGACUCACAUUUAUACCUUCGCUGACAUGGACUUCAAGGUGAAGAAAUCUACCCCGUGUUCUGCACACAGGAUGAAGAGAAAGAGAUUAAAAUAAGAAGACAACCCAUUCUACACUGUCCAAUAUUUGUUUCAGAUCAAAAGAUGGUCCAAACUGGCAACGCUGGGGACGAAUUUGUAUGAACAGACAUUCAAACACUAGCCACACAGAAAUCCACUACAUGAAUUGCGUUAUAGUUGCACUGUACAGGGAUUUCACUUGAAUUCUUCCGUAGUACUUCAGUACUUCCCUAGAACUUGACCACUAAAAUAGGCCUUCCAUUUAUUUUAUAUGACACUGUACGCAGGAAAUAAGUAGCAAAUACUUAUCUAUGCACAUAAACAUAAUGUUAAAAUCGACAUAGUAGAAUAAGACAGGGCUUCAUGUAUAGAAAAUGAGUUUCAGUAGUUGAAAACAGGUAACAAACUAACCUGCAAAAUAUGCUUGGAAUUUCUUGGAAGUAAAAUUACUGUCUGCAUUUCUAUUAUGAUAAGUUUCAGCUAAUUAGGUCUAUAGCUGGUGGCCUAGCUACCAUGUUUAAUAGCUAUUUUAAAUGUAGAAUUGUACCAACUGAUAUGUUGUUUUCAGAUUAAUGCCACUAUACCUGCCCUUUGUGCACUAGUCUAAGGCCUUCUAAAAUGAAUAGUGCUACAACACCGUAUAUUAGCACAUUGUGUAGAAAUGUAAUAUUGUUUUAUAUUGUAACAAACUGCAAGGUUGUC